ACUCGUCAAAGAAAGUUGCUUUUUCAGCUGGUACCACAGGUCAUGGAGUUAUCGCAAGCGGAAGUACACUAGUGUUUCCUGUGGACAUCAAUUACGUUGGAGGUGGGUACAACCCUGGUACAGGGAUCUUUACUGCCCCCACGGUCGGACAGUAUGUUUUCUAUGUCAGUGCUCAGGUGUAUAGCAAUGACACAUUGUAUGUAUCUAUUGUACAUAACGGAGGAGCCAAGGUAAUGACAAUGUCAGACGGAGGAAGAGGUAAAGAUUUCUACGAUUCUGGAUCCAACCUGGUGACUCUGAAUCUCCAACAAGAGGACAGAGUGUGGGCAAGAUGUCAAAGUGGGUCAAAUCAUUACAGCGAGGGAAUACCCAUUACAACGUUUUCCGGUUUUCUUGUUUAAUGAAAUUAUGUUUUGGAAUAUCAGAAACUUUUAACAGAAUUUAAUCUGUCCUCAGUAGAGAAAGGACAUUUGUCAGAACUUGAAAGAGCAAGUUUGCAGUACAAAAAGUACUACGAGUAUAGAUUUUUCAAUGUCAUCUAAUCUUGGCUUAUUAAUUUGGUUGGCGACGAAGCAUAGAAUGUGUGCAUAAAUAAUGUUAAACUAAGGACUCGCUCGUUGAUUAAGAAAUUUCAGUAUUGAAAAACCAGAGAACAUGAACUAAGACGCUUCUUGCCUGCAUAUUUCACGAAGAGCUUUGUAUUCCAUGUUCCUCAUGAAGUUUCAGAAAUGAAAUUCAUAUCUGAUAUUUAAAUUACUUAUACAUUGUAUAACUUGCCACAAUUUUAUGUCAAUGAAGUAUAUAUUUUAAAGAAUAAAAAUAUUCAGUUCUCACCAAGUCAGCAGCGAGAUAUGCUAGUUCAUGAAAAAUGAUCAAUUUUGUACUUUAUAUGGAAAAAUUAAGGAGAUAUACGAAUUUUGAAAGUUAAAUAUUAAAGACUGAAUGUUCUACGAGACAAACCUGAAUACUUACAGAUCUGUUUGAUAGAUUGCUUUUUCAAUAAAAUGGAACUCGUAAAUAUAAU